GCUCUUGAGUACCAUCUGGAGGACAUUAAUCGAACUAAAAUCUGGAAUUUCUCACUUUCUUUUAUACAUCACGUACUAUCCUUAUUGCCAUAUUCGAUUGUACAUCUAUAAUAUUGCAUUAUUCAAGGCGAACUCUGGUAAGUGAAGUUAGGUUUGUAAUGGAAUGCUCAUAGUUCUCUAGUAGCUAAUUUCAGCCUAAGCUUAGUCCCGUCUGUAUAUGUGUGUACCCAUUUCGAAUAUAUAUUUUGCAAUAGAAAGCGACCCUGGAAAAGGGUCUCAAUUUGCCUUACUAAAACGUUUCUAUCAUGCUUGUGUGUAAAUUAUGUUUAAUUUUUGUACAUAUAUAAGAAACAAUAAAGAGAUCUAAUUUAAGUGAUAUUCUUAUCGCCUACUGUUAACUGGAAAAAUUAUUAGUUUGUGUGCUAAGCAGAUCGUUCAAGAGUGUGGUUAUUAUAUUCAAGAAAGACAUAUGACGGGCCUUAGUAGUUCCUUUGCGAGUAACUUCUAUAUUGGCAAGAUUUAGCCCGAUGAAGAUAAUGUCAGAUGAUGAUGCCACCUUGGAUUCAAUGGAUACUGAGGAAGAUAUAUUUAAUCCCCAUAGUGAUUCUGUUAGAAGAGCUAAGUCAUUGCGUACUUUACGUUCGCAUUCACAUAGUACUAGCUCACAUAUGACUAGGAAUAAUUUAAGUGUACGACGUAGCACUCGUAAUAGAAUGCAAACCUAUGACAACCUCAAUACCAGUUGGAUUUUAGGAACGCAAACUUUAAAAGGAUAUCCUAUGUUUCAACAACAUGGAUCUUCAUCUGAUAAAGAAAUGGUAGAUGAAGUACCUGACAGGAAGCGUGAUUUACGUGAUCGUAUGCCUUUAAGAUCACGUGAAAAUCAUCCUCCUAAUAAAAAUUCAAGCAGACAUAUUAGAGAUAGAUCUGAUCAUGAUCAUCAAAAUAGUAGAGAACUUAGGGGACGAUCUGAUCGUGAUCUUAGAGAAAAGUCGGAACAAGAAAAAGAUAUUAGAGAACAUAAAGAUAGACAAGGACGAGAAAAGCAAGAUAGAGAACAUAAGGAUAAAUUAGAAACAAGAAAUAAGUCUGAAGUAAGAACAUCAAAUGAAGAAAAGGAAACAAGAACAAGCAAAUCUAAUAGUCCAUGUAGGCUUAGAGAAGGACCUGUAACUAGGCUGUGUGGAAAUUCUUUAGAUAAAACUGUAAAAUCGAAAGUAGAACAAGACGAAGCAGAAGAUAGCUCGCAUGAGAGCGAGAAACAAGAGAAUAAUGAUAAUUCUGAGAAUGAAGAUGGAUAUGAGGAUAUGUAUACUCGUAUUAAGCGUACUAGAAGAACUACCCAACGACAAUUACCAAGGGGUAAGAAGCUUACAGUUGUAGAUAGUGAUUUAAGUGAAUCAUCAGAUUCUCCUGGCCCUAGAAAAUACAGUUUACGUCAAAAAAAACCAACUGUAGAUAGAUUUCAAGCUAAUGUUGAACCAGUUAGACGAUCUAUAAGAGCUCUCAGGAGUGUGCUUAGCAAUUCUAUGAGAAGACGAAAGCACAGAAGCAAAAGUACAAGUUCAAGUGAUUCUAGUGAUUCGGAACCGCAACGAUAUGAUAAAAAAAAAGGAAAAAAAGCAAGGCAAUCAGCAAUACCCCAAGGCGGUCCUCCAGAUCGUAAAGCAGAUAUAAAUCCAAUUACGUUAGAUACAAAUAUUAGGUUCAGUGAUGUAGGUGGCUUAGAAUCACAUAUCCACUGCCUUAAAGAAAUGGUUGUUUUUCCUAUGAUGUAUCCAGAAGUUUUCGAAAGAUAUCAUAUCACACCUCCAAAAGGUGUUCUCUUUCAUGGCCCACCAGGAACUGGAAAAACAUUAAUAGCUAGAGCAUUAGCAAAUGAAUGUAGUCAGGGUAGUAGAAAAAUGGCCUUUUUUAUGAGAAAAGGAGCAGAUUGUUUAUCAAAAUGGGUUGGUGAAUCAGAACGGCAAUUGAGAUUGUUGUUUGAGCAGGCUCAACAAAUGAAACCGUCCAUUAUAUUUUUCGAUGAAAUUGAUGGUCUUGCACCUGUUAGAAGUACCAAGCAAGAUCAAAUUCAUGCUAGCAUCGUAUCUACCCUUUUAGCACUUAUGGAUGGUCUUAGUGACAGAGGAGAGGUUAUAGUAAUCGGUGCAACAAAUAGAAUAGAUGCAAUUGAUCCUGCACUACGAAGACCUGGUCGUUUCGAUCGUGAAUUAUUUUUUCCUCUACCUGCAAUGAAAGAAAGAUUAGAAAUUUUGAAAAUUCAUGUUAAUAAAUGGGAAAAUCCACCAACUGAACAAUUAUUAGAAAUAUUAGCUGAAAAAGCAACUGGAUAUUGCGGUUCGGAUUUAAGAGCUUUAUGCACCGAAGCGGUACUACAGGGAUUAAGAAGAACAUAUCCACAAAUUUAUAUGACCAGCAAUAGAUUGCUUUUGGAUCCUCGACAAGUAGAAGUAAAAAAACAAGAUUUCAUGCAGGCUAGUUCUACUUUAAUUCCAUCAUCACAAAGAGUAACUCCUUGUGCAGGCAGAAAAUUACAACCUUUUAUGGAGCCUCUAUUAGGUCCUCCAUUAGAAGAAUUGAUUGGUUUAGUAAAGGGAAUAUUUCCUCAAGGUGUCAAUCCAGCUAUGGCAAAAGUGAAAGUUACUAAAGGAAUACAUCGUCCAAGGUUAUUAGUUUCUGGUGGUAAUUUAUCUAAAGGUCAAGGACCUCAUUUAGCACAGGCUCUAUUACAUCAUAUGGAACAUUUACCAGUACAAACAUUAGAUGUUAGUACACUUUUUGCAGAGAGUGCACGUUCUCCAGAAGAAACCUGUGUACAGGUGUUUAAUGAAGCUACCAGAAAUGUACCGUCCAUUAUUUAUAUACGUUCGAUUGAUCAAUGGUGGCCACUGGUUCCAGAGACCGUAAAAGCUGUUUUUUUGUGUCGUAUUGCAGCGCUUGAUACUUCAUUGCCUAUAUUGAUUCUUGCAACUAGUGACGAAACAUAUCAAGAUCUUCCUAUGCAAUUAAAAAAUCUUUUCAGUGAACUUCGUGGCGAAGUAUAUACUAUGAAAAUUCCAAAUUCGGAACAAAGAUCGAAAUUUUUCAAGCCUAUAUUUACGGUUCAAAGUUUAAGACAACCACAAAUUAAGGAUAACAAAGUUCAAGUAUUAGAGGAACUUCCUUUGGCUCCAGAUCCAAUGCCAAAGAAAUUAUCCGACGAAGAGAAAAAGAUGUUGUAUGAAAAAGAAGAAGUAUCUUUAAGAGAACUUAGGAUUUUCUUGAGGGAAAUAUGUGCCAAACUUGCUAGGAAUCGACAAUUUUUCAUGUUCACAAAACCAGUAGAUACCGAAGAAGUACCCGAUUAUAAUAUGAUAAUAAAGCAACCUAUGGAUUUGGAAACUAUGAUGACUAAAAUUGAUAUGCAUUGUUACCUAUGCGCUCGAGAUUUUCUGGAUGAUAUUGAUCUUAUUUGUAGAAAUGCAUUGGAAUAUAAUCCAGAUAGCUUGCGUGAUAGGCCCUCCCUUGGGAUAUUGAAGAGGGAUCCAGCGGAUAAAUUGAUUAGACACCGUGCCUGUUCUCUUCGUGAUAAUGCAUAUGCAUUGAUUAAGGCUGAAUUGGAUUCUGAUUUUGAAGAUAAGUGUCGUGAAAUAUCUAAAAAUCGUAAAAUUAUUGAAACCAAUCAUAAUGACGAAAUGCAAAAUAAAAUUACAAAAACAGAGCUUACAUUGUCAAAUGAGAAAAAUGAUAAAAAAGAUCCUGAAUUAGUAGUAAAUAAUACACUGUCUGUAAACGGGAAAAGAUUUAGUCAAUCCAGAAAACGCAAGAUUCCUGCUUGGGCUAGAGGAUACGUAAAGAAGGUGCAAAAGAAAAAGAAAAUUAGCUUCGACGGUAAUAUUUCUGAAAUAAACAGUAAGGUAUGUCUAACUAAUGAACCCUCAGUUGGUAUAGAUUUAGAGAAAUUUCAAGAAUUUGAAACAGAAGCAAAUAGCGUUUUAAAUGGUCAUGUACCACUAUAUGAUAACACUGAUUCUGAGAAUGAUUCGCAAAAUGAAAACUCCAAGGACAUUCAAAUAAAUCACAAUGACAAUAUGAUAGAGCAGCGAAUUGAUGAUUUUGAAAAUGUGGAAAUAUGUUUCAUAGAAGAUGAUAAGAAUAUUGGAAAUGAUGUUUCAAGUUCAUCGUCCAGACGAGAAAGUUUAGAUGAAUUAUCAUUUGCAAUUGAGAGUGAUUCUAGUCCAUCAAAAGUUGAUGAAAACGAUAAAGUUAUUAUUGAUAAAAAUGAACUUGAAACUGCUUGGUUGCACACUGUGGAUGUUACAAAGGAUUUCUCUGUGGAGGUAUUGUGUGACAUUUAUGUGCAAUUAAGUAGGUGUGUAGGAAGAUACGCGCAUCAUUACGAUAGAAAAUCACUGCCAAAGUACGAGAAAAAAAAGAGAGAGAGAAGAAGAAGAAGAAGAGGUUCCUUUUCGUACACGAACUCAUCAAUUUUUACGAAUAUGUUGGCUACAAAGGAUUUUUCAAAUAUCGGUGGCUUGGACAAACAUAUUAGAAUAGUGAAAGAGAUGGUCCUCUUUCCACUUAUGUACGGUGAUGUUUAUGCCAAGUUCAAUUUGAAACCACCACGUGGUCUUUUGUUCUAUGGUCCACCAGGAACGGGCAAGACUUUGGUAGCAAGUGCAUUGGCUUCGGAAUGUAGUACCUCUGAACGCAAGGUCUCUUUCAUAUCACGAAAGGGAUCAGAUUGUUUGAGUAAAUGGGUUGGUGAAAGUGAGAAAAAGCUUGAAAAAAUUUUUAAUAUGGCUCAACAAACGAAACCUUGUAUCAUCUUCUUCGACGAAGUUGAUGGUUUAGCACCGAUAAGAACAAGUCGUCAGGAUUUCGUACAUGCGAGCGUUGUUUCUACGCUAUUGGCUCUGAUGGAUGGACUCGAGAACAAUUCGGAGAUUAUAGUGAUUGGUGCUACUAAUAGAAUCGACGCCAUUGAUCCAGCGCUAAGAAGACCAGGAAGAUUCGAUCGAGAACUUUAUUUUCCUUUACCUUCUUACUCUGCUAGGAAAGACAUACUUUCGGUUCACAUUAAAAGUUGGAAACAUAAACCUCCUCAAAAGUUCCUCGCUUAUUUGGCUUCGAGAACGGUAGGAUAUUGUGGUAGCGAUUUGCAAGCUCUCUGCGCCGAAGCGGUCAUGUGUUGCGUCCGAAGGCAUUAUCCGGAGAUUUAUACGUCUAAAUCAAGACGCUACAUAAAUGAGCGUCACCUCAAGGUAAAUUCUUCGGGGAGGGUAAAUUUAUUCAUUCGAAAAUUACGAGUGUUUCGAAGUUUCGAAAAAAAAAACAAAAAAACAAAAACACAAAACAAACAAACGAACGAAGGUCGAGAAACAAGACUUUCUGAAGGCCCAGGAGAACAUCGUUCCAGCGUCUCACAGAGUGGUCAUAGCACCAGUGAAAUCCUUAUCGAUCAGAAUCCAACCACUUUUAAGAGAUCACCUUUCCACCAUUCAAUCUCAGUUACAAAUCCUUUGUCCAACGGGAAUGUUGACAUCGGAUGAUAUUGUCGGCAAAGCGAACUCAAGAUCAACCGCCUGUCCUAGAAUAUUAUUAUGCGGUGAGGAUGAUUCACAUACUCGCCAUUUAGGUCCAGCUUUGCUUCAUGAAUUAGAUCAUUUACCUUGUCACGUAUUGGACGUAACAACG